UCGAGGCGGAGCUGGUGCACAAUAAUCGAGCGCUGCGACCCCGGUCGGUGAGACGUGGACCCGAGGCUUGUGGCGGCUUCCGGCAGUCGCGGCCCGCCAGGAGCAAAGAUCAUAGAGGAGCUCCUCUAUGAUCUUUGGCCAGGAGGGAUUGGCCGUGGACCAGUGACGGGAGGUGGGGCCCAGGAGUAGGAAGCAAAGAUCGCUCUAGGGUCUUUGUUAGGAAGGGGAGCGAUAUGGUACGGCCGCGGAUGGUGUCCAUGGUGUAAAGGAGAAGUUGGUUUCAUCUGCAGGAACAAGAUCACAACACAAGAACAACGUGAGAGAACGUUAAGUUCUUCUGAGAAGCCUUCAGGAAGUUUGCUCCAGAUUUUGCAAUGUUUAAUCCACGUGAUAAGGAGACCAGAAAACAGGCCAUGGGAAUAGCUGCUGAACUCUCCCAAGAGGAAAGUGCUGUUGCGGUGUUUUUAUGCAUGGAUUUUGCUAAAGACUACUUGGUGACUGGGGAAGUGAAAGAACUGUUCGAGAUUCUGAGCAAGCAAAAUCUGCUGAGUCUCGACCUUCUAACUGAACUGCUUUAUCGGAUAAGGAGACGUGAUAUCCUGAUGAAAAUGAAGGUUGACAUGUUUAGUUUGGAGAGUGACUUGAGAUCUGGUAAAGGAUACAUUUCUUCAUACAGGCAACUGCUGGUGGACAUCAGUGAAGGCCUCUCGCAAGAAGAUUUGAAAUCUGUCUUAUUUUUACUGGGUUGUCAAAUCCCAAAAGGCCGCCUGGAAACAGUGAAGACUUUCUUAGAUUUAGUUGUUGAACUGGAGAAAGCUGGCAAAAUUGAUGAGAGUAAUUUGACUACAGUGGAAGAUUGCUUGACUAAUAUUCGGAGAAUCGACCUGAAAAGGAAAAUCUUAAAGUACAAGCAAAUGAGUGAGUGUACCGGGCCCAUAAACACCGGGGACAAUAAAUACAGAGUCAUGGGUGAAUGUGUUAAUUCUGUAAGAAGAUCCAAUACAUAUCAGAACGUUAUUCCCAUAUCUGUUCCCCAGCAGGAGUGUGGCUUUGGUCCAGAACAUGUUGGACAAAAUUGGGCAUUGGGCAGUGUGCAGCCGGUGUGCAGCCCAACAAACCAAUUAUUGGGACAGCAUGUUCAUUCAAAUUGGCCACGGUUAUCCAUAGUCUCAUCCACAUCUGAAGCGCCUGGUGCUGCAGCACUGAGCAGCCCAGUGCACGAGUCGGUCCAGGCCACCUCUCCAGGAACCAGCUGCACGAGUGGACUGGAGACUUACAACAUGCAGAGUAAUCCCACAGGCCUUUGUUUAAUCAUUGACUGUAUUGGAAACGAUGCAAAUCUGCUGAAGGAGACAUUUGAAGCACUGCACUUUCAUGUCCUCCACCACCUCUAUGUUGAGCUCAGCGAGAUGGAGAAUAUUCUGAAAGAAACGUCGGAACGUGACGAUCUGGCCGCUCUCGACUGCUUCGUGUGCUGCAUCAUCAGCCGGGGGACGUGGGAUUGCGUCCUUGCAGUUGACGGGAAUAUCCCCGGACUUUCUUCAGAGAACAUCCAGUGCUAUUUCAAAGGGCAGUACUGCCGCCCCUUGCUGGGCAAACCCAAGCUCUUCUUUGUUCAGAACUACCUUGGGCCUACGGCUGACAGCGAGUUAGAGAUCGCUGGUGUCCCAAGCAGCGGAGACCCAAUUGAAGUUGAUGGCAGAGUCUGGGGAGCUCCUCAGGAAGCGGAUAUCCUGUGGGGUCACUGCCGGGUAUCUCAGAACCUGCUCCACCAGGCACCUCAACAACCAUCCUCCUUCAUGAGCACUCUGUCAAAGUGUCUGCGGAAACAUCAGCGCAGAUGGGAUUUGAUUUCGAUACUGACCGAGGUGAACAGGAAGAUGAUGUCAAUGAAUCAGCGACUGAGCCAGCCGCAGCCCAUGCCUCUCAUCCUGCAACACACUCUGAGGAAGAAGCUCGUCUUUCCUUGAACCACCAUCACAAAUCUGCACAUCACUCUCUACCAUGCAUUCGUGAAGCACUCGUGAUGACAAUCUAUGCACGUCCAGUCACUCUGAGUUGCCCUUAAGAUGUGAUAUCCGGCUACGCAGCAGGAGGGGUGUCCCCAUGCAGGGGUGGGCUACUCGUGUCCUGACUCACAGCCAAAUGAUGGAGGAUUAUUCAGGGGUUAUAAAAUUACGUGGAAACAAGAACCAGUCUUCAAAUUUCUGUUCUAUUAACACAUUUAAAUAUGUUAAUUGAAUGUACAUCAAACCAGAAUGUAUACUCUUCAGCUUAAGUUAUUACACAUCAAUAUGAUAGAGACACAGGCAACUUCCACACUAGACUUAAUUUAUCACCCGUCACACUUAGCCAUGACACCUACAAUGUGUUCCCAUUAAUAAUAUGUGUUCUGCAAAGUUAUGUAUCCACACUCAAAAUAUGAAAGCUUAAUAUAUAAUUAUAUCCAUCAAAACUAUAGUCAAUAGUUUUAUUAAAAACACAGAAUGCUGGAGUAACUGGGUCAGGCAACAUCUCUGAAGGACAUGGAUAAGCUUAGUUUCGGGUCCAGGACCCUUCUUCAGACUGAUUAUAGUGGGGGUGGGGACGGUGGGGAUAGAAAGCUGGAAAAGACGAGGCAGGACAAAGCUUGGCAAGUGAUGGGUGGAUAUAGGCAAGAGGGUAUGAUUGGCAGAUAGUUGGACACGAGCCGAAAAGGUAACAAAAGGGUGUCAAUUAAGGAGAGGAGUCAAAUGUAAAGCCAGGGGGAGUCUCAUCGGGUGAGAUGGGGGUGCAUCAGUUUGGGACAUGGAAGAGAGGAGGGGGAAAGGGGUUGCUACCUAAAAUUGGAGAAUUCAGUGUUCAUAGCAUUAGGCUGUAAGCUGUCCAAGUGGAUUAUGAGAUGCUGUUCCUCCAGUUUGCAUAUAGCCUCACUUCAGCAAUGUUGGAGGCCGAGGACAGAAAGGUUAGUAUGGGAAUGGGAGUUAAAAUGGUUAGCGAUCAGGAGAUCCAACAGACCUUGGUGGACCGAGAGUAAGUGUUCAUCUAAACAGUCAUCUAGUCUAUUGUUUAUUGCAGUCAUUGUGUGAUUGAAACUAGUUAAUCGUUUAUUGUUGGCUCUAUUUAAAACACAGAUAAACUUGAGAUACAAGAUACUGCAAAAAAAAAUACAGUGCUGGAAUAACUCUGGGCGAAGCACCAGCUCGAGAGAACAUGGAUAGGUGAUGUUUUGGGUUGGGGGUUACCUCUCCGUUCUCCAGAGAUGCUGUCUGACCCGCUGAGUUGCUCCAGCAUUUUGUGCCUUUUUUUUUUAAUAGAUAAACUUAAUAUACUUUGAGUUUGGAGAUUCUGCUUAGAAGAUCUCCAAGAAAACGUUUUUUUUUAUGAAUAAAGACUUUUAUAUCAAUCA